GAAGAAGAGGAAGUUGAGGUCAAAUCUGCUCCAUCUCCUACUCGUUUAUUGAAGAUUUCAGCUCCAGAGUGGCCAUUUGCUGUGGUGGGUGCACUUUCUGCUGUCAUCGUCGGAAUACAUUUUCCCUUAUAUGGCAUCAUCUUCGGUGAUAUACUCGGAGUACUAUCUAAUGAUGACACCGACGUCGUGCGAAAAGAAAGUGUAUAUUACAGCUUGCUUUUUCUGUUGUUGGCAGUAACAUCUUUCAUUUUCACAUUUUUACAGACCUUCAUGUUUUCAAUUGCUGGAGAAAGGCUUACUUCAAGGUUACGAAAACUAGUCUUUGCUAAUAUAAUCACCCAAGACAUAUCAUUUUUUGAUCAUCCAAAGAAUAGCGUCGGUUCCUUGUGUUCAAGACUUACUGCUGAUGCUUCGAGUGUACAAGGAGCUACAGGCUCCAGAAUAUCUGCAGUACUUCAAGCAAUUUCAACAAUGAUUGUCUCAAUCUUCAUUGGUCUGUAUUAUAAUUAUAAAAUUGGAUUAGUUGUAUUGGCCUUUGUUCCACUAGUACUAUUAGCAGCAUUUCUCGAAGGAAGAAUUGUCCGUGGACAAGCUGAAGGUGAAAGGGCUGCAACGGAAGGUGCGUCUAAGGUUGCCAUUGAAGCAAUAGAGAGCAUUCGAACGGUAGCUGCUUUACACCAGGAAGACACAUUUUACCACCAUUUUCAUGACGCAUUACUUGAACCACACAAAAAAUCCAAAUUGAAAGCACAUGUUAGAGGUCUUGCUUACGGAUUCGGUCAAGGACUUCAAGCUUUUGCUUUUGCAACGUCUCUCUACUACGGAAGCAGACUUGUAGGUGCUGGAGAAUUACCUUAUAGUGAACUAAUGAAAGUCACCGAAGGAGUCAUUAUCGGUACAAUGAUGGUUGGCCAAACGAUUGCUUUUACUCCGGACUAUCAAAAAGCAAAAAUCGCAGCUGUGAGAAUCUUCCAGCUGCUGGAUUUGAAACCGGUCAUUGAUGUCUUCUCUCAAGAUGGUUUAGCAAGGCCAAGUAUCAGCGGAAAUAUCCGAUUUAAAAAAGUGUAUUUCAACUAUCCUAGUCGCCCUGAUGUCAAGAUUUUACGCGGUUUGGAUUUGGAGAUCGAGCCUGGUAAGACGGUGGCUUUGGUGGGAAGCAGUGGUUGCGGAAAAAGUACUUGCAUACAGCUGAUAGAACGCUUCUACGAUACACUGCAAGGAAAAGUGUUCAUCGAUGACGAGAACGUGAAGGAUUUGAACGUAGCCAAUCAUCGAUCGCACUUGGGAUUAGUAUCUCAAGAGCCUGUGCUUUUCAGUUACAGCAUCGGCGAAAACAUCGCGUACGGUGACAACUCGAGGAAGCCAGACAUGAAUGAGAUUAUAGCUGCAGCCCGAAAAGCAAACAUUCACAAUUUCGUUUCCACAUUACCUAAGGGCUAUGAAACACCUGUUGGAGACAAAGGAGCACAAUUGAGUGGUGGACAAAAGCAAAGAGUUGCAAUUGCUAGAGCACUACUACGAGACCCAAAAAUUCUGCUCUUAGAUGAAGCCACUUCCGCUUUGGAUACGGAAAGCGAAAAGAUUGUACAAGAGGCAUUGGACAAAGCAAGAACUGGUAGGACUUGCCUGAUCAUCGCUCAUCGAUUGACUACCAUUCAAAAUGCUGAUCUCAUCAUUGUCAUUCAUAAAGGAAGAGUAGUGGAGAAAGGCACGCAUCAAGAGCUGUUGAACCUCAAAGGACACUACUACAAACUACAUAACACGCAAGCAUCCUCAAUUUGAUCGACCGAGUCAAUUACCUUGACAACAUGUGCGGCUCACAUUGUCAAGUGAGAACACUCGCGCUUUGGGACAACAAGAAAUACAAUUUGUGUUUCAAAAAUGUAUCAUAAAGCAAGAUGAUUAAAGAAAGAAGCAAAAGAGAAACAUUCAGUACAAGAUUCGUGCACAAAGCAUCUUCGCUACCAAAUUACAUUCAUUAACAUUAAUCCAUUUCAUAAAACUCAUUUUGAAAUAUUUUUUUUUAAUUAUCAUCUUUUAUAAUCAAUAUUUCUGUACCUCAAACCCAGACAAACGUAAGUGACAUUAUCACUACUUUUCAGGGGAGCGUAAAACCGCUUGUCUGGUACUUACAAAGGUUGGGGGCUAGGGCUGCUAUAAGACUGGUAAUUAAUUAUAAAGGUUUUUUAAACAUAGAAUUUAAUGGCUAAAUGCGGAAUGGGAUUCUACGUACCAUCAACGCUGUAAUUACUUGGAAAAUCGCGAUUUUUGGAUUUACGUUAGUCUGGACUUGAGGUUCAUAACUUACAGCUUUUUACCCAGGUUUUUAUACUCACUUUACGAAGUGAGCCACACCGGUUUGGGGAGUCUUGCUUAUGUGCUAAAUCAAUUUUAGCUACCAGUGUGAAGAUUCGGAGCAUUAAUGAGAGGUAGUAAUGCCCCCACCUCGGUUAUGGCUUUUCUGACUGAAGAUUGUUAUGAAGCUUGAAUCUACUGUGUCUGGAUCCGCAAUCAAGGUGUUUGUUAUUUGUAUAUUUGCAAAAUGUGACUUAUUAAACAUUAUAAUUGUUGUAGCUUUGAUAUUAUACAAGUUAUGAAAAUUUUAUAAGUUGACGUUUAAAUCUAAACUACAGUGGAGACCGCUUAAUGGAAUCGACAAUUUGCUACGAAAAAUUAUUCUAAUUAGCGGGAUAUUUUUUUACGCGAUAUUCCAAUAAGCGGGCUCGACUGUAUUUGAACGUUAUCCUAGCAAUUGCAUUUUAUUGUGAAAAUAAAUAUUUUCAAGAACCAAAAAGUUACAAAAUAAUUAUUAAUUUACAGAUUUCAAGUUUUUAGGAAAAUUAUUCUUUUCGCAAAGUUUGAAUAUAUCCCAAUGAUGCAUAAAUUGAAAUAUUUCGGUGCAUUGUCAUAUUUAAUAUGUCUUCUCAUUAUAGUGAAAUAUGAUUUUUCGUUAAAAAUAUCUACAAAACAUAAAUUAUCUUCAAAAGCAAAUAUGCAAUUGUUUUGCUGCGAUGCAAAAAUGAAAUUAAGUUGUCGAUCUUUAACCACUUAUAUGGUAUUCAAUAAAAACUUUCGCUUAUUGUGUUUUUACUGAAUGGUUAUAGUUUUGAAAUGUUUUGUUAUUAUUUUUAAAUAAAGGAUUAAAAUUUAUAUAUUUUCUGCUAAGUUAAAAAAUAUUUGCUUUAACCGAUACAAAAAGCAAGAUUGGAAAAACAUUCUUUUCUUUUUCUGCCCGAACAAUCUGAC